CGUGCCCGCGAGCGGGAGCCGGAGACGCCGCCGCCCGAGCGCAGCCGAGCGCACGCCGAGCCCGAUCGCCACCGCCAUGGCCACCACGGUGACCUGCACCCGUUUCACCGACGAGUACCAGCUAUACGAGGAUAUUGGCAAGGGGGCUUUUUCUGUGGUCCGACGCUGUGUCAAGCUCUGUACCGGCCAUGAGUAUGCAGCCAAGAUCAUUAAUACCAAGAAGCUGUCGGCCAGAGAUCACCAGAAACUGGAGAGGGAGGCUCGGAUCUGCCGCCUGCUGAAGCAUUCCAACAUUGUACGCCUCCAUGACAGCAUCUCUGAAGAGGGAUUCCAUUACCUGGUCUUCGAUCUGGUCACUGGUGGGGAGCUCUUUGAGGACAUCGUGGCAAGAGAGUACUACAGCGAGGCUGACGCCAGUCACUGCAUCCAGCAGAUCCUGGAGGCUGUUCUCCAUUGUCACCAAAUGGGGGUCGUCCACAGAGACCUCAAGCCUGAGAACCUGCUUCUGGCCAGCAAAUGCAAAGGGGCCGCAGUGAAACUGGCAGACUUCGGCCUGGCCAUCGAGGUUCAGGGAGACCAGCAGGCAUGGUUUGGAUUUGCGGGAACGCCAGGCUACCUGUCUCCUGAGGUCCUUCGGAAGGAAGCAUAUGGCAAACCCGUGGACAUCUGGGCAUGUGGGGUGAUCCUGUAUAUCCUGCUGGUGGGCUACCCACCUUUCUGGGAUGAGGACCAGCACAAGCUGUACCAGCAGAUCAAGGCUGGGGCCUAUGAUUUCCCAUCCCCUGAGUGGGACACCGUUACUCCUGAAGCCAAAAACCUCAUCAACCAGAUGUUGACCAUCAACCCUGCCAAGCGCAUCACGGCCCAUGAGGCCCUGAAGCACCCAUGGGUCUGCCAACGCUCCACGGUGGCCUCGAUGAUGCACAGGCAGGAGACUGUGGAAUGUCUGAAGAAGUUCAAUGCAAGGAGGAAGCUCAAGGGAGCCAUCCUCACUACUAUGCUGGCCACACGGAAUUUCUCAGCAGCCAAGAGUUUACUCAACAAGAAAGCAGAUGGAGUCAAGCCCCAGACAAACAGCACCAAAAACAGCUCGGCCAUCACCAGCCCCAAAGGAUCCCUCCCUCCUGCUGCCCUGGAAUCUUCCGAUAGCACCAACACAACCAUAGAGGAUGAAGAUGCCAAAGCCCCCAGGAUCUCUGACAUCCUGAACUCAGUGAGAAGGGGCUGUGGAAACCCAGAUGCCGAGGGACCCCUAUCAGUGGGGCCCCCACCCUGCUUGUCUCCGGGUCUCCUAGGCCCCCUGCCCACCCCGUCCCCCAGGAUCUCUGACAUCCUCAACUCAGUGAGGCGGGGCUCAGGGACCCCAGAAGCUGAGGGCCUCCCACCAGUGGGCCCCCCACCCUGCCCAUCUCCGACUCUCCCUGGCCCCUUGCCCACCCCAUCCCGGAAGCAGGAAAUCAUCAAGACCACAGAGCAGCUCAUUGAGGCCGUCAACAAUGGCGACUUUGAGGCCUAUGCGAAAAUCUGUGACCCAGGCCUGACUUCAUUUGAGCCUGAAGCUCUGGGCAACCUGGUCGAAGGGAUGGAUUUCCACAGAUUCUACUUCGAGAACCUGCUGGCCAAGAACAGCAAGCCGAUCCACACAACUAUCCUGAACCCGCACGUGCACGUCAUUGGUGAGGAUGCAGCAUGCAUCGCCUACAUCCGCCUCACACAGUACAUCGACGGCCAGGGCAGACCCCGCACCAGCCAGUCCGAAGAGACCCGUGUGUGGCAUCGCCGUGAUGGCAAGUGGCAGAAUGUACACUUCCACUGCUCGGGCGCUCCAGUGGCCCCACUGCAGUGAGAGCUGCGCCUGGUUUCACCGGACAGAGUUGGUGUUUGGAGCCCAGCCGCCCUCGGGCGCACGGCCUGCCUGUCGCAUGUUUGUGUCUGCCUCGUCCCCUCCCCUGGUGCCUGUGUCUGCAGAAAAAACAAGACCAGAUGUGAUUUGUUUUUAAAAAUAAGAUGAUGACAACGACAACCACACGCAAACAAAACAAACAAAAUAUUGGCAUCGGAUGAAAUGGAAAACAAACAAACCAACCUAAAGAAAGGAAAACGCUGUAAAAAAAAAAUCUGGCAUUUGUGGGGCCACCCCCCACCCAAGCUCCACAUGUGUCCGUUGCGCUCCUGGCUUUGGGGACCCUCAGGGCGUGAAUGUGCCCAUGCCGACCGUGUUAGUCUGUAGGUACCGCAUUCACCCCACACCUUGGGCGUCUGCAUCCUUCCUUCCAUGCAUGGGCCCCAUGUGCUAACCUGGCUGUUGUGGUGUCAGGUGUCUUGGGAAGGGCUGGGGGCUGCCUCCUUUCCUGCUAGUUGUGCCUGAGAGUUGCUGCUGUUCCUGCUUUCCCCUACCCGUCCCUCAUCCCAUGAAGGGGUGGGAGGGUGCUACUCUAGCCAAGGACCUACCUUUGCCCCAUGGAAUGUGUAGAAGUUUGUCCUCAAAGUGAUCAGAAAAGAUCCUGGGCUCUCAGCUCCAGUUCUUGGGGAGGGAGGUCUGGAGGGAGGGAUGUAUCUUGCCUCCAAGACUCUUGCCUGGCAGGGGUUAGUGAAGAAGGCACGCUCGCUGCAGUGCCUACCCGUCUAGCUAUGAAGAGAGGACUGGGCAGAGGAUGGCCUCCUUCCUGUUUGGGGUACUUGUCCCUUCCCUGCCACCAGCAGCUGAGCAACAGUGACCCACCCCUGGCCUAGGCAGUUCCUCUCUGAAGUUGGCAGCAGACCCUAAUGAAGACGGAGAACCUGAGAUACUGGAUGGAUGCUGGGAGCAGGCCAGGCUGCGUCUGGGGUGUUUGUCCACUGAGCUUGGAGUCUGGGUGCUCGAGACUUGUUUAAAUGUUGCAGAAUGUGGAAAAGAGGGGCCAGAAGUAGGGUUUUAGGUUUCUGGGCAAUGCAGGUCCAUACAAGUGUUUGAUGAAAUGGGAGUGCUUUCCUGUCCUGGGGCUAAAGAAGAAGCCAGAGCAUGUGCCAGCUAGAGGCACAUGGAAGGCCAAAAUUGGUUAGGGCUGUAUUGUGUAAGGCCCUUCCAGGUAGGCCAGAGACACAGCUUAGAGAGAAGGCAGGCUAGGGGCAGAGAUAUAUGGGUGUGGGGCCUGGAUACCAGUGGGUGGAGGGAGGAUCCAUUAGAACAGUGUGCCACCUCCAGGUCCCAGUGGUGCUCCUAGUGUCAGCUGCCUGGACUCAUUGUGGGUAGCCCUGGCCCUUGGUGACAGAGGGAAUCAUCAAAGCUGGACAUGUUACAAAGUCAGGCUAGGGAAACAGGUAUGAAGCCGGGAUGGGUGGGGUGGUCAGAGGCUUUGAUUGCAGAGAUCCAUGGGCCUCCACCCCAACGCUGCCCACUUUAAGUUCACGUCAUUUUCAACCAGGAUUUUCUUUAUCUUUUACUACAAAUCAAGUCAAGGGAGGGGCACAAAGUGGGGAACGGGACACAGGAUCCUAACUGCAAGGGGACUGUCCACCUCCAGACACUCAGUGGAUACCACCUUUCAUCCACACUGUGCCCAGGACAGCUGUCCCCUACCCAUGGACACAGGGUAAACACCUGCCAGGCUCCCCUCGAGUGGCCCAAGGCCAUGGGACAGUGGCAGGGCUUGCCACGGACAGUGUGCGGCCCUGUGGCCUGCCACCCUGGCAUCCUGGGGUCUCCUUUCGUCUCCCACCCACCUUGUUAUCUCCACAAAGCUGCCUGUCUGGGAUAAUUUGGGUUGUUUUUUUUUUUUUUCUGGGGGACAAUUCUUUUGCAUGACCCUCUAAAGAGCAGGACGCUCCUGCUCUCCUGGCUAGGUGUUCACAGGUGGUGGCGUCGACCGCUGGCCAGUGCUGUAACGUGUCACUGCCUGCAGUACUGGUGGCCCUCCUCUCUUCUCUCUUUUUGCUGAGUUCCAUUGUCUUUUCUUUCUGAGCCUUGUAGGUGUACAAAACUUAUUCUUAUUUUGUUCUGUCUCGGGAAACUGCAAAUAAAAAAAAAAAAA